AUGCGGGCAAAUCUUCCCGCCCUAUCCAAAGUACAGCGCUCCCGGUAUGCGACCAUUCCCGACAAAAGGGACGUAGAAUUCGAGAAGGAGACGGCCAAGAAGAAGAUUGAAGCGCGUCCUGACGAGGUAUCUACUCAAUCUUCAGUCCGGCAUGUCUUCGAGGAGGCUUCUAGCGCUGGUGAGGGAGUAAAGAAGGACGAGCAGGAUGUCUUAAAAGGUGUCAAGCAGGAUCUUGAAACGGUCAAAGACACAUUCGCGCUCAAGACCGUCCCCCCUCUAUCCUACGCAUUGGGCAUUGCUGGCACUGUCCCUUACCUCGUCACCUCAAUCGCCACAGUCUACCUGGGGUGGGAUCUUAACACUGACUGGCCGAGCCAAUCUCAACUGCUCAACCACAUCAUGAUCAGCCCCGAGACAGCUCAGCGCUGGCUUGACUUACUUGAGCCAAUUCAACUAAGCUACGGAGCGGUCAUCAUCUCGUUCCUCGGUGCCAUUCACUGGGGCCUGGAAUAUGCCGAAAAGACACCUUCACUCGCCCGCACCCGCUUCCGAUACGCUAUGGGUGUUAUCGCCCCAGCAGUCGCGUGGCCCACCCUCCUCAUGCCCGUUCAAUUCGCCUUGACAGCUCAGUUCCUCGCAUUCACUGCUCUAUACGGUGCUGAUACCCGUGCGACCUACCGUGGCUGGGCUCCGCCAUGGUACGGCACCUACCGUUUCGUGCUGACCUUCAUCGUCGGCGGUGCCAUUCUCAUCAGCUUGAUUGGCCGCGAGAAAAUUGGCGCAGACAGGCCUAGACUCAGCAACUUGAGAGAAAAGCUGCACAAGACGGGCACAGAGUCUGAGAAGUACGUGAACUGGGAGAAGCUAGAGCAAGAGGAGAAGGAGCGCAUAAAGAAGGAGAAGGAAGAGGAAGAGAAGCGCAAGAAAGAGGAGGAGAAGAAAAAUAAGAAGAAGAGUAAGGGCAAGAAGGGCGGUAAAGAAGGCGACAAGGCGGAAGCCAGUAAAGAUGACGGGAAGGAGAGCAAGAAGGAGGAUGGCAGUGAAGAGCAGCAAGAUGAAGGUGACGAAGAGUCAAAGGAUAGCGGAGACGAGGACAAGGGCGGAGACCAGGACAAGGAUGAGGAUGGGGGAGAAGACGACAAGAAGGAGGACGAUAAGGAUGAUCAGAACAAGGGCGAAGGAGGUGACAAGGAAGAGAAGAAAGACAAGGGAGGCGAUGGCGAUAAGAAGCAGAAGACGUCGAAAUAA